CUCAGUCGGUAUCGUGGCGUCACAGGCAAUGGUGAAGAUUUUAUCACGAAAUAUUUAAAAUCAGUGCUCUCAAUCUAAGAAAUCAUGCCGCGAAAUUACAUCCGGAAAACAACACGUCAGAACUGGGAUGAACAAGCUAUGAUUAAAGCCAUAGAAGCCGUAAAACAGGGUAUGCCAUAUAAAGCCGCCUCCAAACAAUUUUUAGUCCCACUUAUGGCACUUAAAAGAAGAGUUAAAGGAAAGAACGUUUACGCUGUGGGGGGCACCAAAAUGUUGGGAAGUAUCAAGAAAGUAUUCACGGAUGAACAGGAGCUGGAGCUAGUGCAACAUAUUAAAGACAAUGAAGAGACUAUGUACGGUUUUACAGUUGAUGACGUUCGUAAAUUUGCUUUUGAGAUAGCUGAAAGAAACAAAAUAAGGCAUCCAUUUUCUACUACGUCCCGUAAAGCUGGUAAAGACUGGCUAAGGGGGUUUCGACAAAGACAUCCUGAUAUCACUCUACGUGCCCCGGAGUAAACGUCAGCGGCACGAGCUCGAGCAUUCAAUAAACCGAUUAUUGACAAAUUUUACAAAAAUUUACAAAAAGCUCAGGAAAAGCAUGUAUUUCCUCCUCAUCGCAUUUUUAACGUUGAUGAGACUAGUUUGAACACCGUUCCGACCAAAAAUAGUAAAAUCUUUGCCAAACAAGGGCGCAAACAAGUAGCGAGAAUCACGUCUGCCGAAAGAGGUGAAUCAACUACAGCGGUUAUUUGCGGAUCAGCUGGAGGAAACUUCAUACCACCAAUGCUAAUAUUUCGCCGAUUGCGAAUGAAAAUAGAAUUAAUGGACGGUACUCCACCAGGCUCUGUGUACGCGUGCAAUCCCUCCGGCUGGAUGAAUAUUGAGGUUUUCUCUCAGUGGUUUGACCAUUUCUUGUCCCAUACUAAACCAUCUACAGAAGAUCCCGUACUUCUAAUACUGGACGGCCAUCUUUCUCAUACCAGAAAUUUGGACGUCAUAAUAAAAGCCAGAGAAAAUAACGUAACAAUUUUGUGCUUACCCCCACACUGCACGCACAAACUUCAACCACUCGAUGUUGGUGUAAUGUUUCCACUGAGCGUGUAUCACAACCAGGCUUUAGAAAGGUGGAUGAAUAAUAAUGCGGGUCGUGUAGUAACAGUUUUUCAAAUAGGUAAAAUCUUUGGAGAAGCAUAUUUGAAAGCUGCUGCACCCUCAAAUAUUAUCAAAGGAUUUGAAAAGUGUGGAAUAUGGCCGCUCAAUCCUGAUGUUUUUACUGAUGUAGACUUCGUUGCUGCCACCACAACUGAUCAAGCAGUAAGUAACGAAAUAUUGGUGCCCCAUCCAUCAAUAAAUAUAGCGCCUGAUGAAAUUCAAGUUUUUGGUGACCAUAAACCGCGACAACUUAUACCCAGGGCUCCUGUACUUCCAGCCGAUUCUACGACAUGUGUACUAGUUGAUGAACCAUCCAACCUUACUGCUGUGUCACCUUGUACCUUAUCGACAUGUGCAGCCCACAAGCAAGGAGAGAAUAACGAAUACCGUGUAGCUGAAGCACCUACUACUAUUCUGGCUUCCAACGAAAGUAUUUCUAACAGCUUGAGAAGUUCAGCCGCCAUUCCAUUACCGUGGACAUCAGUUGAAGUAUCUUCCGUCUACGAUAAUGUUUCGCCUUCUACCUCAUCCAUAACUACGAAUACACCAUCUCUUGCAGCUGCUGCUCAAUCGGCGUCUUAUGACACUUCGGAUAAAGAUUCAUUUGCAUCACCAGUUGCGUCCACAUCUUUUAGCAUCCCUCCAUGCCAGAUUCGACCUUUCCCUAAAAUGGCAGAAGAACGUAGAAAAAAUAUCAAAGCUCGAGUAUGUACAGCAAUCCUUACAAGUUCGCCUUAUAAAAAUUACUUAGAAGAGGAAGUUAAUAAAAAAAAUGAAAAAGAACGCAAAAAAAAUAAACGCAACGAAAAUAAAAAGAACUCAAUCAAGGGAAAUUCUAAAUCAAAUGAGGAAAAAGGAAAAAGAAAAGCAAAAGAAAAUGUGACCGAAAAAUACAAACGUCUAAAACCUAAAAGAGGCAAAAGUGAGUCAUCUUCAGAGGACGAAAGUGAUGCUGAGUGUUUGUUUUGUAAUGAGAGGUUUUCCAAUAAUAAUAGAGGUGAAGGAUGGAUCAAAUGUUGUGCUUGCUUAAGAUGGGGCCACGAAGCUUGCGCUGGCGUUGAUCCCGAUGACGCUGACGAGUUCACAUGUGAUUUUUGUGUCGAUGCCGAUGAUCGUUUCACUUCUGCUCGGAAACAAUUAAGACUGUAAAAGUUGAUAUUAUAUACAUUCUUAUGAUAUGAACAUAUAUCC